AUGUACGGCUUGCAGUGCCUCCUCCCAUUCCUCAUGAUCAAUGUCUUGAACACGAUCUUUGACUUGUUCAGCUUGUACAAGAUGAGCAUUAUGCCAUACGGCUUCUUCCUUCUCGCGUCCGUGGUGGCCGAGGGGGGCGCCGCGUAUUUCGCCUACAGCGCGUUCAAGGUCUGCAGAGACAUGCAGCCGAGCCAGGGCACGGAGAUGGAGGGCGGCAUGGGCGGAGGCAGCGGCUACGUGCAGGCUCGCCGCGGGGGGGGAGGACGAUCCACUCCUUCGGCGGCAGUGCCCAGCAGGAGCCGGAUGACGCGACGGCGCAACAGGCGCAGAGCUUCCAGCUCUUCUCCGGCUCCGGGAACCGCCUCGGCGGCUGAUCGGCACGAGCGAAGCUGA